AUAGAAAACUUAAUGUUUUAGUGAGUACAUUUUUUUCUCGAAUGAAUGAUCUUGAAGUUAAAAAAAAUAUUAUAAUAUAGACAUAUUUUACCGAACCACUAAAGUAGGGUAUCCAUCAAACUCUCAUCCCUUGUACUUGAUUAUUUGGAGUUUGAACAGCACUGUUUUGCCAAUUAGAUUAUUUACCAAUGAAAAUAUUAAGAAAUUUAAACUCAUGUAAUUACGAUACCUUACGUUACUUCUAAUUUCGCAAAGAAAAAUAGAUGGACAAAUAUAUCCUUCCUUGAAAUAUGCAAAGAUCCAUGUUUUCUAAUCAAAUCUCAUCCUCGCGUGGAAUGUCCUUACUCCUUAUAUUAGUGGGUAGACAUAGAGGUGACAAUUCUCAAUCCAAUCCACCAAUCCAUUAAAAAUAUUCAUCUAAUUCAAUCCAUUUAAUCCAAAUCCAAUUGGAUUAGUGGAUUCAUGGAUCAAUCCAAGGAUCCAAAUGACAAAUUACGGUUUGGUACCUAUAUAUUUUACAAUUUGGUACCUAAAAUUUAAUUUUCUAUACGAAAAAUCUUAUUGGAAAAUUACGUUUUGGUACCUAAAAUUUUUCAUUACGACAUUUUAGUAUCUAAACUUUUCACAUUUUACAUAUUGGUCCAAGAUUGAGGAUGUCAUUUGGAUUCAUGGAUAAUCUACCAAUCCACUUGAUCCAAUCCAUGAAUCCACCAAUCCAUUUGAUUCAUGAAUCCAACAAUCCAUGGAUCGAUCUAUUUGCCACCCUAGGUACUAGGUAUACGACAGAUAGAUAGAUAGAUGUAGAAAAUUCAUUCCAACGAAAUGAAUGAUUGCAAAGAGAAAAAUAUUUAUUUAUAUAUAUCUCGUUGAAAACAUGGACCGGUUCUUUCAAUACAUAUAAACCACACGAUCCAGAAGGCGACCAGUGGCCGUCACUGAUAUUUUCUAAAUUUUCCUAUGAAAAAAUAUAUAUAUAUAUUUUCUAAAAUUCAAGUCACCAAGAGAGCGGAGUAGAGUAGUUGGGCCUUGAGGCUAUUUCGAUGGCCCACCACGCGGCCGAUCCGAAUCAGGACCACGAUUUCGAAGUGAUCGAUCUCUCGCCGUUCUUCACUACUCCCGGCGCCGGCGAUGAUCUCGUUGUUGCAAAGGAGAAGGAGGAGGCGAUAAGGCGAAUCCGCGAAGCAUGCUCCGACUCCGGCAUGUUUCUAAUCGUCAACCAUGGCAUCCCCGCGGAGGUGCUGGACGAAACCUUGGCGGUCGCCCGCGAGUUCUUCGCCGGCCCCGACGAGGAGAAGCUCAAGUGGAGCCCGCGGCCGCCGGAGCCGGGUGCGGCGGCUACGAUGCCCAUGGGGUAUGUGAAUCAGGCGGCGAUGGAGUUCGCUCGCAACAAUAGCGAGGUUUUCAGCAUGGGUCCGACCGGCUCUGGCUCCGCUGUCUACCCAACCGACCCGACACGGUUCAGAGAGGUGAUGGAGAGGACAUUUGAGUACUUUGUCAAGACGGUGGCGCCAUUGAUAGAAACUCUGAUCAACGACGCUCUGGGCCUCCCUCCAGAUCUCCUGCACCGAUACAACAGCGAGAGGCAGUGGGAUGUAAUGUUAGCUUACCACUACUUCAAGUCCACCGAGAGCAAGAAAGUCGGAUCGUUCCCACACAAGGACCCAAACCUCUUCACCGUGCUGCUGCAGGACGACGUCGGCGGGCUCGAGUUCCUCCGCGGCGACGGCCGGUGGAUCCCAGUCUCUCCCGUCCCUCACUCCCUCGUCGUCAACGUCGGCGACGUCGUCCAGGUGCUGAGCAACGGCGAAUUCAAGAGCGUGGCGCACAGGGUGGUGUCGCCGAGGGAGAAGGACCGGUACUCGCUCGCGUUCGGGUAUCAGAUCGGCGGGGAGAAGUGGGUAGAGCCGUUCGCAGAGCUGACGGGGGAGAGCGAGGCGAUGAACAGGUUUCAAGGGUUCCAUUACCAUGAAUUCCUGCAGCUGCUGGGGGAGAACUAUAAGCUGCAUCUGGAUCCGAAUGAUGCAUUCGCCAUUAUGGACGUCGUCAACCACUACGCUCUCCCUGCAUCACCCGUGAACCUUCCUGCUGCCACUGCACCAAAUUGAUGAGCUUUAUGGCAAGCCGUUUUUUUUUUCUCUUCCUAUGGUGGUGGUGCUCUGUUCUGCGUGUGCUCUGUUCUGCUGUCCUGCGUGUAGUUUUUGUUGGGGAAAAAGCAUGAUUUGGAAUAAAUAAUAAAAGGGUUAAUACUCUAGUUUGAUUUGAAGUUUAGUGACAGUUUUGGCUCCAUUUUUCAAAUAAGAUAUUUAUUGCCUAUUUUCAAAAUUAUUGGAUAAAUUUGGCCCGACAUUUGGGUUGACCGUUAAAACUGACGGUCAAAUAUUUAUUCUGUCAGUGAUUCAGCAUUUAGUGUUGAGGUGCCAACGACGUGUUGUCCACAUCAUUUCCACAUGAUUUAUUUAUGUUAAAUUUUUUUUUUCGUUAAAUUAUUUAUGUUAAAAUUUCUAAAUAAAACAUGAAAAUAAAAAAUAAAUAACAAAAUGAUAAAGGCAGAGGGAUGAAAUCCCUAAUCACCUCCAUCCCUUCUAUCUUGCCAUCUCAUUCAACUCCAUCCCUAACUAGAGACGAUGAAGGUAGAGGGAUGAAAUCCCUAAUUCACUCUCCUGACUCCUCCCGUCGCUCUCCAAUGAAUCCACCUUCUUCCUACUCACCUUCUGCCUUCUCGAUCCAUCUUCUUUGUUUCCCCUCACCAAAACGGAAAUCUCCAUUCUUCCUCCUCACCUUCUGGCCCUUCUCAUUUCCCUUCUGUUUUCGAUUAGAAGAAAGGAAAAUCAAUUGCGGCGGCUAAGUCGACAGCUCCCGGAGCAGCUGAAGAGUCAUCGACGUGCGUCGCCCUCCCUCCGUACCACCAGAUCGAAACCUCCAAAGAGUUACCUUGCGGAUUUCCCCUGCGGAGCGCAGCCGCCAAACAACUAGGGAAGUUAGCAUUGAAUAUUGCCUCCUCCGCUACACCGCCGACCGCACAAAGCUCCCCUGCUGCCUCCCCGUUGUUCAAAUUUAGGGUUAUGAGUUUGGGGGGAUUAAUCAAUCAUCAGUGAAAUUAUUACUUAGAUCUUUGCUUGAAGAGCUUCCUUAAUGGUAACAAAAUUAUGUUCUGUCGGUGGGAGGGGGUUACUGAGUUUGGAGGUUCAUAUUGGUGCAAUACUGGCAGUGAGAAGACAACAUUCACUCUUCAAAUUUUUGUUUUUUUACUUCAUUUUCAUGAUUUUUUAUUUUUAAUCUUUGUGAAAAUACGUGGCAGCCAUGUCAUUGCCAUAUCAUCAGUUUUUGUUGAGUCAUUAACGGUGAAAAUGUUUGACUAUCAGGUAUAACGGUCAACCCAAAUGUCGGGUCAAAUUUGUCCAAUAAUUUUGAAAGUAUGUCAUAAAUGUCUUAUUUGAAAAAUGAGGACAGAACUGUCACUCACACUAAACUUCGGGCCAAACUAAGGUAUUAGACCCUAAAUAAAAACGAAUUUUAUGUCAUCUCUCACAUGCCUGGCUAUAAAAUGGGAGUAGGUUUGCAAUGAGUUUGUUUAAUGAUACUCGGGUCCAUUGUUGUCGAAGUUCUUUUAUACAUAAAUUAGAAUUCAACUA